CAGAUUUUUUAAAAAAUGACCUAGCAUCCCUGCUUAUUUAAAAUUAAAAGGAAGACGUGUUUUCAUCUCGUACUGCCGUCAUAGGCUGUGUGUAUCGGAAAACUAUAGGUUCUUACAUUAGUGAUUAUAAAUAUAACAUAUUCAAGCUUGCAACCAAAAGAAGAAAGCAAAUGGACGCAUUAAUCGAUGAGGUGGAGUCGCUUGAGGCGAUCCUGAUGGAAGACGUUGCUAUUUCCAGAAAUGACAGUGGUUUUCCGGAGCUGAUCGAGACCACCGUGUUUCCCACGGUAGGCGAUGAAUUGGACAGCCAAUACGUGUGUAUCACAUUGCAAGUACUGCCGGUUUCUGGUUAUCCGGCAGUAAAACCGAAUAUAAAAUUGAAGAAUCCACGUGGUUUAGAUGACCAGAUAAUCAACAGUAUCGAAACAGCCGUGAGACAGAAACUCGACGAAUGCUUAGGUCAACCGGUUGUAUUUGAUCUCAUUGAUAUUAUCAGAGAACAUUUAACCGAAAGUAACGUACCAUCUGGGCAGUGCGUUAUUUGCUUGUACGGCUUCCAGGAAGGAGACGAGUUUACCAAAACCUCCUGCUAUCAUUAUUUGCACAGUCACUGCUUGGCGUGUCAUUUAAAUGCUUCAAAGCGAAACUAUGACGAAGAGCUGGCCAAAAUGCCGGUAUGGAAGCAGAAGGAGGCCAAACCAUACCAGGCACUUUGUCCAGUUUGCAGGGAGCCGAUCGAUUUGGAGGUAGAACCUCUAACAAAAUGUCAGCCUCCCGUCGAGUUAGUUAAUGCGCCCCGAUUCGAAUUAACAGACGAGCUUAAGUCACUGCAAGCUCAGAUGACGCGAUUAUAUUUGCACCAGAAAAGUCGAGGAGGAAUAAUAGAUUUAGAUGCCAAAGAAGGAAAUGUUAUUGCAAUCGAAACGGAAAAUGCCAACGAGUCCUCCAAAAUCUCGCACAACGUUGUAAACGAUGGCAACACAUUGGACGGUACAACUGUGCUAUCAGUGCCCCAGAUAUUCAAGCACCACAGCGGAUCAACGACAGUCUCCCAGCAUCAUGAUCGGGGAAACAGCUCUCGGCACUCUGGAGCCGGAUCCGGCGGUAGUCGACAUUCUCACAAUCACAAUAAUCGAGCUGUUCGAGCUCGGAACCAUCUUGCAGCAGGUACGGUCAAUACUGGUGAAGCCGAUGUGGCCGAGUCACCGCAGCCUGCCCAUUCAUAUCACCACCACAGGGGCGGACAUCGUCAUCGUCGUAAUAACCAUAACCACCACCAUCAUCACCAUCACAGAAAUGCGGCUACAACUGCAGGCGCAAGCACGGCUGCUGCUCAAAAUAACUUAAACAGUCCUUGUGGAUCCAGUGCUAGAUGACAAAGGUUGCCCCCGGAAUUAGAAUGCAGGGCCAAGAUGCAGCUCAAUCUACAUAUCACUGAGCAACAUCAAGAGCUCAUAUGCCAUGAGAACAUUUUGAAAAAUGGUUAUGAUUAUCACCAUAGAAAUCAACAUUCCCAGCAGCUGCUUGGUGAAACUUCAACCCGGAGACAACUGCUGCUGAUAUAACAUUCGGCUCAAGUUAAACUUUCACUUGUACCGUGGGGCCCUCUGGUUAGGUCCAUGAAUAAUUGUCACAACGAUUUUACCACUCCUUCAUCAUUAUCUACUGAUACUAUUAGUACUACUAUAAUCCAUAGCAAAGAUGAUAUCCAUAGUAGCUGUAAUAGUUGUCUAAAUACGUCUCAUAAUACGACGGCAGUUACCCACGUAGAUUGCUGUAAAGUAACCACUACUAUCGAUUUUGGCAACGUUACUCGACUUAAAAUUUCCCGACUGACUAGUAUAUCAUUUUCAUCAACUUCAGCUGCCGCCAUACGUCAGAGCGUGUCAAUCAUUGCAGUGUUGAUCAAAGCGGAAAUGCAGCAUCGAUUGGCACUACUUGGGAGCUUAGCGAGUUUGGUUAAGCAUAAAGUGUUCUGUUUGCCGCUGACUGCGUUUUGUAGAAAUACAAGUUUUCAUAAAAAUACUAGAAUGAGUGGAUUACGUUGUAAUCAGUUAUAACGUUCAGGACAUUGCGAGUGUAGUCUUUGAUAAUUUAACGCAUUAUAUUCUCGAUAAGAUUGUAAUACUGUAAUAAUUUGUUUGUUUGUGUGAGGGAUACAUCGCAUCUUUUGGUGUUCGAAAUAUUAGUAUAUGAUCAUUCAGCAGCGCCUUGGAAUAACAGAGCCAUAAUUUUAUAAUUUAAAUAUUUUUAUAAACAACUAUGAUUUUUUAAAUAGCCAAAGUAUCUGUUUUCCAUCGAUUAAACCACUAUUAUACUGAUUGAACUUGAAUUAUUGUCACUUUUUAUUAAUCUUCUAAAUUGUUCCAAUAUAUUCAUUUAGGGAUUAGCCAAAUUUUGGGCUAGGGCACAUAACCGAUUUUGAUGUUUACGUUGUUCCAAUAUAUUUUGCUGCAAAGUCUUGGUAUUUAAAUGUAAUUCGUGAGUUAUUUAUUCUUUAUAAUGUUGCAACAAAUUGUCAUUUCUAAUUAUCUCUAAGUUUACAUACUGUGGUGAUUGUUUUUCAUACACCUUUUUAUAAGCGUUUCUCUAUUCCACACUCAGUCCGUAGUCCAUAAAUUAGCUUAAAAUUUUUGAUUCACUAUCAGAAUAAGUUAGUUUGUAAAACAGUUGUUUUACUAUCGAAAUGCGCUUCAAAUGAUCAAAACAUAUAAAGUUAUUUGAACAUUCGAAUGAUGUAAUCAUGUCCCGUUUCCAAACAGACUGACUACAGAAAUGUGAUGUUAAAUUAAGUCAAACAAUUAUUUGUUUAAAAGUAGUCUUGUUGUAUGCUAUCCAGGAUGGUUUAUAUGUGCCGGCUUGUACACGCAGAGAAAAAUAUUGCAAAAGUAACUAGAUUUUCGUUUCACGCUACGAUUUUUUUUAUUGAAAUAGCGAUAAAAAAAUUGAUUUUAUAUAUCAAUUAUUGUUACUUGAAACUACAUAACUAGAUAUUUGGUUUUUCUCAGUGGAUUAGUUUGUUUCAAUAAAUUUUUUGAUAAAAAUAAAUAUUUUACGUGAGCGUUCCUGUCAAUUUCUUGGCAAACAAUUUCUUAGUAAAUGAAACUUGCAAAAUCAGUUUAAAAUGAAAUGAAACUUAUAUAAAUGAAGUAUUACACUUGGCAGUUGAAAUAAAUGAUAAAUUAAAAUCUUUUGUCAUGGGACGAUAGAAUUUUUCAAAGGCCACAAUCAAGCUCCUGGUAUAUUAUUUUUUUAUUGUAUACAAUGAAUCAGUGCUUCAUCAGUCUGGUCAUGAUAGAGAUCCUGCAGCAAUUAAUUUCUGUAAAAGACGUUAUUUAAUACACUUGAGUUAUUGAAAAGCCCCAAGGAAACGAAAGAAACACAUAAAUUUUUCUUCUAAAACACGUGCAAACUGUUUUGAUUAUCAGCGGGAGAGAAAAAAAUCUCUGGUUUAUAAGGAAUAAAACUGAUACGGUUUAUUCAAACAAUAAACUUGAUUGUAUCUCCACACAAAUAACAUCAUAGAUGAAAUGAUCCAAUUUUUUUCUUGAUAUAACUGUAAAACAUGAUUGAGCCAACAAAUACAUUGCUUUUAUUUUUCACUAAAAUCAAAUUUAAACAAAUACAUAGAUUUCAGGAAAAUCAAAUUAUAACAAAUGUAGCCAAUAACAUCAAUUCAACUUUUGUUAAGAAUGUUUAAUUUCAUUUCUUUGCGUGUACGUUUUAAAUUAACCUUACGAGGUAAGCUGUCGAACAAUUUAAAAUUCAUAUUAGUUGAGCAGUCAUCAGUAAAUUAAAUCAAAUGUUUACCUAUGAUUUGAAUCGAAAAAAAAUGAUGUUGCAAAAAGGACUUUGGUACAAUACAAACAUAGAUCAAUUACAUUCCUGGCUAUAUGUUUCGUAUGCUGCACGUGAACGUGUGAUUGUAUUUUAAAUACUCUACCACUGAGGCACAAAGUACGAUAUUAAGGCCAUUGUCCAAGCACCAUGCGCGCGGGUGGUUUUAGGAAAUUUUCGAUGGAAAUUUUGAAGAAUUUACCAAAACCAAAAACAUACAGUCCUUUGAAAAACUAUCUGCAUGGCAAAAAUAACUGAAAAAUUUGGAGAUUUGAAUGUAUGUAAUAAUUGUGAAAGAUCACAAAAACACUCAUUUUCCAAAGCUAUUUUUGAUAAAACUCGGAAAAUCCUUCAAAUUUUCCAGCCAUUUUUGCCCUGCAGAUAGAUCAAAGAUUUUCAAAGGUCUGUAUGUUUUUUAUUUUGGCAAAUUUUUCAAAAUUUCCUUAAACCACCCGCGCGUAUAGUACUUGGACGAUGGCCCUAAUAAAAUAAGCACACCUUUUCAGAUAUGUGGUCGGUGUUUCAGUUUAAAUGUUAAAUGAAUGAAAAAAAUACUAAAUAGCAUUACGCUUGUUGAGCGUGCCAAAAAUAAAUCAUUUGAGUGUCAUGGUGAAGCACGACCCUAUGGUUAUAGAAAUAGAAUUAAGACUUACAUCGUAUGAGCAAUUACAUAGUAACUUUUUAUCAGUUUGAGAGACAUCUACGGCGUAUCUCAACAGACUUAUAAAAAAUAAACCUAGUCCACACUUAAGUCCGACAAUGAUUUAAGCAAAAAUUUUAUGCAAAAAUAAUAGUAUAAACAUUCGAUUUCAAUGAAAUUGAAGCAAGCGAGUACUAAAACAAAUAUAAUAUAUUGCAUGCCAUUGAUAAAACCGUAAGUGGAACAACA